GCUAUGACGUUUGUGGUACCCGGAAAUAAAGACGGACUGAGCGCUCCGGGAUUUUCCUUCUCUCCGUCUGCCAGACAAACCAGACAGAGGAACAACAUGGAUCCGAACACGACGAUUUUGCGAGUCAAGCGAAAACGGGGGACCGACCCCGCAGAUGCUCUGUUGCUGGCGUGCAAGCGUAUCCGGCCGGAAACGUCCCAGAGCUCGGCCGAAACGGUACCCGAGCCCACUGAGGCCGAGGUGGAAAACUCCGUCUUCAAACUCGUGGCGACCGUAGCGACACAGGAUGCUCCCGUUCAGACGCAGGUCCGACAGGCUUUGGCUCGGCCUCGCACGGCCCACGCACUGCGCCCCUCUGCAGCCAGCUCCCAGCGGAUAAUUGGGGACCUACGGGCCACAAAGUGGAGCACCCGGAGGGAGGAACGCUACAGAAUACUCUCCAGCCACCGUACAGGGCUGCCAAGUCCAGCUGAGCAGCAGAGCCCCGAGACGGACGCUUCUGAGAGCGCAGGGGAACCUGGGAGAGAGAAGGACAAAUGUUGGGGUCUUGGUGAAAUCCAGGUGGUUGAUCUCGUACAUGAAGAUGUAGAGGAGCAGGGCAAAUCUUCUGGCAAGACGUUGUCCUCAGACCCAGAAGUGAUUCUGUGUAACAACACAAAGAUGUUGCGGGAGUGUCUGAGCAUUUCUGCAGAGAGACUGGGGGAAGAGCACCGGGAGCAGGACGAUGACUACGUCUACGACCUUUACUACCAAGAAACGAUCAUACAAGGGUGGAUCCAAGACAUCCUGUCUGUCAGGGCCUACGCUGAUGAGGGAGAACUGGUGCCUGACCUUGUGGUUCAUGAAGAGGAGGUGUAUGAAGAUGAGGAUGAUGAAAAUGAGGAAGGCAACUGGAGGAAUGACUACCCGGAUGAGGAAAGUGAUGCAGACAGUGACAGAGAGGAGCGCUAUGGUGGUUACUGGGAGGAGGAGCACUCUUACAGCCGGAGGAGCUGGGAGUGCUACCAGAGGGAAGUGCUGCAUGAGCUGGGCUGCCGUGGUGAGGAGGAGGAUGAUGAGGAUGGAGACAGAUACAAUUCCGAUUGAUCUACCCCUUAACCCACACCUGUCAAUGGAUCUUCCUGAUGCCCUCCCCAUUGAUAACACCGUGCUCCAUAGACCUCUGUGUAGGUGAGAGUGGUGGAAACCAACGGCUAGUAUGGCACGUAAUAUGGAAACAUGCCUGAAAAAAACGUUUUCCAAGAAAUACCAUUUUAAAGUGUAGCAAUUUAUGUGUAGCACUCAUCAGAUUUUGUUAAGUUUGCAAUUUCAAGUAAAAUUGACUGACAAGCAUCCUGUUGUAUUAACACCAGUAACAAUUCCCUAUAUCUUCAAAGUAUUUGUGUCACUGAGUCACAAAAUUUGUAAACAACUAAAAUGCAAAUUGCUUACACACCAUAUCCGUGGACACCUAUUUAAGUGUGAAGUCAUCUCUCUCUUUACUACACAGAUUUUUAAGGGUUAGGUGGUUUUUCCAGAAAGAUCCAGUGUCUUUAAUUUUUUUUUAAAUUUAUUAUUAUUUUUUAAUUGUGGUGGAGUGAAUUUCUGUGUGUUUAAAGUGGAUGCGUGUUAGAAAUAUUGCACAUUAGUGUGAUAAAUGCCUUGUAUGCUUUGUGCUGUUAACAGUUCUGUUAGUAAGACGUCUCGGGCCGUGUGAUUGCAAUUUAGGGUGUUCGCAUUUUGUGUGUGUGUGUGUGUGUGUGUGUGUGUGUGUGUGUGUGUGUGUGUGUGUGUGUGUGUGUGUGUGUGUGUACACAUAUAAUUGUCUUAGAUUUUUGCAUAAUGUGAAAGCGUGUUGCAUCAUUUUCGUUGUGGGUGUGAGUUUGGUAAUGAAAUUCCCCUUGAAGUUCAGAUUGUUUCUCGGACGCUUGUUGAAUUAAACUUUUGUAAAUAUGUAGAUGUGUAUAAAAAGAAAGCUUUCAAAAUAAACACAAAA